UUCUGAAAAAAAAAGGAAAAUUACUUCUAAAAUUCAAAUUAGUAGUAGAUAUAAAAUUAUUUUGCAGCUAAAAAUGUUUUAAGAAAAUGUUAGCUAAAUACUUUUAGACCAUCAAUAACAACCUUUUUCUAUGAAAUAUUGUUUAUUCGGAAAAAAUUAUAACAAUACAACACUACCAAAGAAAUAAUGAAAAUUUAGUUUAACUAAACUAGUUUAAAUAAAAAUGUAUCAGUGACAGGGUUUAAAUUAAGAAGCCGCAAUUAUCAAAUUGCGAAUAGAAAUGCUGUUUUUAUGAAUCAUUCUAAAAAGGAAAUGUUAAAGUUGUGAAUUUCUCAGUUAAUCCCUUGUAUCACCAAUUCUAUAUUUUUUGUUUUAAUAAAAUAACAAGGGAUCGAUGGCAAGUGGCCGACAGUCCUCCCGGACCACAAUUGAAAAAAGUUUUUUCUCUACAGUCAGCAAAUUUGUGUAAAUUGAUUUUUUGUUUCUAAUUUAAACCCAGGAUGGUUUAUGAGGAUUUUCCAAACUUUAAUUUUAUUAUUAAAAAUGUAUAUAUAGAAAAAGAAUUUAUGCAUAUUUGAUAUGAUGGUAAAGUAAAAAAGUCUAUCUACUGCACCAAUAUUUAAGCUUAAUGAUAAACAAAAAAAUUGGCUAUCUCCAAAACAAAUACAGAACUUCCAUUCGAAGUCCUUAUUUUCCUAUGUUAUCGCAAAAAAUCUAUCCUUUAAAUUGGACAAGUUUUUUAAAAUUCAGGUAUUUUAACAAUUUCCUUCACCAAACUAGUUUGUUUGUCUAUUUUGUCUAUUUUGAAUAUAGCAAAAGUAUUUCUGUGAAGCUGUUACAUUCAAAAUUAAAAUAUCAGAGAGAAUUAAUUUUCUUUUAUUCUCAAAGACUUCUGAGUAUAUAUAUCUUUCAACAUUUAUUUAUAAGGAUAUUUUUAAAACCUUGAUCCCAAUUACUUUUAAAUACAUUAAUUUGCACUUUUAAGUCUAUAAUUUCUUGUUUGUGUUCUUUUACGUUAUUCUUGGUAAAAACGGUAAAAUAUAAUUUAUUUUUUGGAUGCGGCUGUGUACUAAUUUUAUUUAUUUUUUUAAUUUUUAAAGAUAAACUGUUUAAAAAAUAUUAAGCAUUGAUCUCCAAUGUAGAGGGUCUUUAAUUAUAUAUUGAUUGCUAUGUAUAUACUUCAGAACAUCAUUUGUUCUCCUUAGACAAAACUAGUCUUAUUCAGACCAAAACGACCAUUCAGUAUCAUUAUUUCUUCAAUAUUCAUUAAUUUGUCUCAGUUUUACCUGUUACUGUUCUAGAAGUAGAAUGGAAUAUGAAUAUUUUAUAACCCCGGAGGGAUUUCGAAAGUUGUCAAUUCGCCACCAGCCAUUACAUAAAAACCAAGAUGAAAGCAAGCUUACAAAAGUUCAGAAAGUGCCAAGUCAAUCUGUUCGACAUUCAAAAGCGCUGGAGAAGUACAAAGUAAAAGAAAAUAAUCACGUUGUUGCUUCGAAAAGGCCAAGUCCUCAUAAUCAUAAUGGUAGACUUUCAAGAUCACAAUCAGCUUCUUCUAGAUCUUCUGGUAACUAUGGAAACAUAUAUACUGUACGUACUCCUGAUUGUACCCCAAAAGAGAUGUACCUGCAUGAAAAUGUUCGCAAUUACGUCAACCAGAACAAACUACACAAUAGAAGAUGUAAAUCUGCUGACGUGGCAUAUCGAUUUGGUCGUCCAAUACAAUUGCCCAAGUUUGCCGGAGGUAGUAACUUUUUGAAGCAUGAGGAUUUAACGAUGGGUCAAAAACAAUAUAUUUGGGGUAUUGCAAGAUGUUAUUCGGUUGAUGGUUUCAAGAAAGCACAGCAAGAAAGAACGCAAACGUUGCUGGAUUAUGAGUUUAAGAAAAGAAUGAUUACGCGAGAUAUUUGUGACAAAACGAAACUCAAAUUGUGGAAAGAUUACUGCGAUUAUUCAAAGGUUAUAAAGAACGCAUCGACAAAAAGUAGUGUUCGGCCACACUCAAGUUUCAGUCGACGAGUAUUGUAUGGAAAUAAAACUUCACAAAUGCGUCCACACACUACAAGCGCUUGCAAGAAAGUUGAAAAUGUAGACAAUAACAUUGACGCAAAAAGAUGUGAUGACACAAGCACAAAAAACGAGACGAGGAAAUUUCCGAAGCGUCCGAAAUCUGCAAAACGUCCACUGUACAGUGCAAGCAUGGGUGAGAGCCGGAGUUCUCCAUCAUCAUUGGAAGAUGAACUUGUGUUUGAUGCGAAUGAAAAACUAACUUUGUUUGAACAACUGGAUGUCGCUGCAGAAGAAUAACAACAAAUAAUGGCGUAUGUUCUUCUUGUGCAGUAUUUUUAUUCAGUAAACCAUUUUGUGUGACAUGAAUGGAAAUUAAUUUAUAUUUAAAGCAAAAUCCUAUUCUUAACAGAAGUUAAAUAUUUAGUAGUGAGUGGAAAACUGUUACUUGAUUAGCUGAAGUCAUUUCGACCUUUUUCCACUCCGUUUUAUAAUUGUGUUGUAAUAUUUAAUAACUGCAUACAGGAACUAAAUGACAGAAAAGGGUUUUCACUAAUAGAUCAUGAGAAAACAAAAUUUCUAUACGUAAUUUUUUUUUUUAAAUGUUUGAAAAACAUGUCGAUGAGCUGCUUUAACCUUCAUGUGUUUUUUUUUUUUAAAAUUUUAAUAACACUAAAAUUAUAAAUGAAUGUUAUGACUUUACAAAAAAGCCAUUUUUGUGUGACAUGACUUCAUUAUAUGACUUUAAACCGGGAUGUUCAUCUCCUCUGUCAUUUGAAUGGAUUGACACUUGUUGACUGUGUGAGUAUUUGGACAGUCAUCAUGCAUUCUGCGUUUUAAACCAUUAUGCUAACGAUGUGUUGUGAACGAAUAAAGAUAUCUAACUAAUAUAUUUUUUCAGUUUUUGAUCGAUACUAUCGUCCUGAUUUUUUAUUUUGAUUGGACAGGUAAUUUUUAUUUUUUCUGUUGUUUUUUUUCUAUUGGUUUGUUUUGCAUAAUAUAAUCCAUCAUAGUGGAUCUACUGCUUUUGGUUUCCCAAAUUACCAACACAUCAAAAGGAUUCAUCGUAUAUGCUUAAAAAAUCCCCCUACUUGAGUCUCAAUAUGCUUAUAAACGUUAUGCUCAUAACAAAAAAAUCUGACAAAAAUAUGUUCGCAUAUGACUGUUCGAACGAAACCUUUUCUGUGACCCGCAGUUGUGACGUGUACAAUAUUUUUAGACUUUUUUUUUAAUGUUGUAAGUAGCUAAUUUUUUUAUUUAUUUAUCUUUUUAUAGUCGUCUUAUUUUUUAUUGUAAAUAUCACGUUAGAAUUUUUUAUAACUUAUUUUUUACAUGAUUUGAAGUUAUAUAUAUUUGA